AUGACUGAGGAAGACGAUGCUGAAGACCAUGAGACUCAGGACACGGACGAAGAACAGGAACUGAGGAACAACAGGACUUCAAGAUACUGGUCAGACUGCACUCACUUCCCAGCCAGCACAAAAGCACCCGAUUCACUCCCAGUCAUUGUCAAGCCUCCAACAGGAACGACCCUUACCAGUCACCACUUGUCUCACUCUGAGCCAUCCUUCAGCAACGGACGUAAAGAUCCGCUCCAUGACUCAUGUUCUCCGUUUCCUGGAAUCCGCCACGAGUCCCGUUUCCCACUGGAUGAGCUGCAAGAGAAAGUGAAAGUAUCACUGAACUGUCUGCGAGAGAUCAACACUCCCAAGUCUCACGCCAUCUACGCUGUAACGGCCAAACAGAUCUCAUCCUUGGUCGGCCAUGGCUCGUCCAUCACCAACCCACCGUUGAUUGGACGUCUGGGAAAAUCCUGCAAUGGGGAUGUCAAUGUCCAGAGAUCAACGAUCCAGUAUCCCGUUCAUCCAGUAACCCAAGGACCCAAGUGCUCAAAGUUAAAAGUAAACUCCACGUCCAUAGAGAGUCCCACAGAAAACUUGUCAACUAAUAUCCCAGCCUGUUAUUCUAAGUUCUCUGACGUCUUCAAUCCUGUCACUGCUUCCAAGUUACCCCCUCAUCGACCAUGGGAUUGUGCUAUAGACCUGAUCCCUGAUGCACGUCUCCCCAAGGGUCGGAUUUACUCCUUGUCCAUUCCAGAGCAAGAAUCCAUGAAGAAAUAUAUCCACGAAGCUUUAGAUCAGGGUUACAUCCGACCUUCCACAUCUCCUGCCGCCGCAAGUUUCUUCUUCGUGGCCAAGAAAGACGGUGGUUUAAGACCAUGCAUUGAUUACAGAGCCUUGAAUCAAGUCACUGUGAAGUUUAGCUACCCUUUGCCUCUCAUACCCGCUGCUCUCGAACAACUCAGAGAGGCAAAGAUGUUCACCAAGCUUGACUUACGGAGUGCGUACAAUCUAAUCCGUAUCAAAAGAGGAGAUGAGUGGAAGACUGCUUUCAUAACCCCUGCUGGCCACUACGAAUAUCUUGUCAUGCCAUAUGGUUUGGUCAACGCUCCUUCCGUUUUCCAAAGUUUCAUGGAUGAGAUCCUCAGAGACUUUCUAGGGAAGUUUGUUCUGGUCUAUAUCGAUGACAUCUUGAUCUAUUCCAAGAAUCCAAUCGAACACCAGAGACAUGUGUCUCUAGUCCUACAACGUCUCAGAGAAUUCACUCUGUUCCUGAAAGCUGAGAAGUGUACCUUUCAUCAAAGCACCAUCGACUUCCUGGGAUACAUACUCAGCGAUCGAGGAGUGGAGAUGGACCAACAAAAGACCGAGACCGUCCUGUCCUGGCCAACUCCCAAGUCCGUGAAGGAGCUUCAGAGAUUCCUCGGGUUCGCCAACUUCUAUAGGAGAUUUAUCAACCAGUACAGUCUUCUCACUUCUCCAUUGACCUCCUUGCUAAAAGGAAAACCUAAGAUCCUGCAGUGGAACCCCGAGGCUGAGAAAGCUUUUCAUGCUCUGAAAUCUGCCUUCACCAGUGCCCCUUUGCUUCACCAUCCAGACCCUGAAAAACCAUUCAUGGUGGAAGUCGAUGCCUCCACCACCGGGGUUGGAGGAAUCCUGUCCCAAUGUUCCGAGUUCUCCUCAAAGCCACUCCCUUGUGCAUUCUUCUCCAAAAAGUUUUCUCCAGCAGAGGCAAACUACGAUAUUGGAAAUCGAGAACUUCUCGCAGUAAAACUUGCCUUGGAAGAAUGGCGACAUUGGCUAGAGGGAGCCAAACACCCAUUUCUAGUCCUAACCGAUCAUAAGAAUCUCCAAUACCUGAGAGAUGCCAAGCGGUUAAAUCCUCGUCAGGCCCGAUGGGCGUUAUUCUUUACACGCUUUCAUUUCAAGAUUGCCUAUCGUCCAGGAUCCAAGAAUACCCGUGCAGACGCUCUUUCCCGUAUCCAUGCCCCUGAGAGCCCUGUUGAUCAACCUGAGACCAUUCUAUCCGAGAGGUUAUUCGUAAAUCCUAUCCAGUGGGAAAUAAACGAACAGCUUCAAGAAUUGGCUCAUCAGCACAUCCGACAAGCUGUGAAUAGACAACAGCAGUUCGCUGACACCCGCCGAAGAUCCACGCCAGAAUACCAACCUGAGCAACUAGUCUGGCUUUCCACUCGAGAUAUCAAACUGCGCCAGUCAUGUAAGAAAUUAAAUCCCAAGUACAUCGGACCCUUUCCAAUUGUCAAGCAAGUCAACCCAGUCACUUACCAGCUCCGGUUGCCCCCAGAAUACCGUAUCCAUCCCACGUUUCACGUCUCACUUCUGAAACCCCAUCAUCCACAGAUUCCCCAGUCAGUCAACGAGGUCGAACCCGAAGAAAACCCCCCGAUACCACCCGUUGAACCCGAGCCCAUCUACCUCAUCAAGGAGAUCUUGGACUCUCGACGUCGGGGAGGUCAGUUAGAAUACCUCAUUGAUUGGGAGGGAUAUGGGCCAGAAGAGAGAAGUUGGGUACCUCGUAAUGAUGUUCUUGAUCCCAGUCUGCUCCUAGAAUUCCAUGCUCAGCAUCCCGAGAAACCUGCACCACGACCCAGAGGCAGACCCCCACGACGUCGAGGUCCAAGGUCCGCUGGCGCGGACUCUGGAGGGGGGGGUACUGUCAGGAGCCAAUCAGAUCCCUCACGUCACCACGCAAAGAUCACUGUCCCCAGAUUACUGAUCACCUGCACCUGUUUCCACUCAGCACUCACUUCCCAGCCAGCACAAAAGCACCCGAUUCACUCCCAGUCAUUGUCAAGCCUCCAACAGGAACGACCCUUACCAGUCACCACUUGUCUCACUCUGAGCCAUCCUUCAGCAACGGACGUAAAGUAUACUUACCUGAAAUAA